UAAAACCAGGCCCACACAGCCAUUAGGAUACAUCCUCUCGGCUGUUCCUGAAGAGAUUCGACCAAAAUGUUGCUGUUCAUCGCUCUGUUGCUUCACGCCUUCUCUGGCUUUGUUUUCAGUUGUGAUUAUGGGUACCCAACACCCAUCGGUAAUCUGUUUGAAUCAGCUGAAAAGUACAAUGGAAACAAGUAUUAUCUCUCCAAGUUUUACUACUCAAACGUGGAUCAAGCUGAAAGUGUAUGUUUGUCCUACGGCAUGUACUUGGUAGAAAUCAACGACGCAGGCGAAUACAAGUUUGUCCAGGACAUUGCAAGGAAAGCAAAACUUGACGGUCUGCUGAUUUCUGGAACUGACAAGGCCCAGGAAGGUACAUGGAUCUUCCAGUUCAGUAAGGAACCGGUCAAGUUUCUUGAUUGGCAUGCACCGAAUCCCGACAACUAUCUGGGUGGAGAAGAUUAUCUAACCCUAAAUAGUGCCUUCCGAAUGAAUGAUUAUUCUUAUCUGCAGCCCGGAACUUAUAAGUUCCUGUGUGAAAAAAGUGGCUGAUAAAUAAGAUUUGGUCUGAAAAUUUAGUUGUUCAAGUUAAAUGAAAAAAGAUUGUCAUUCA